AUGAGUAGUCGCGGAGCAAGCACAGGUUAUGAUCGUCAUAUCACUAUCUUUUCACCAGAAGGACGUCUUUACCAAGUUGAGUAUGCUUUCAAGGCAAUAUCUAAUUCUGGAAUAACGUCCGUUGGUAUUCGUGGUAAAGAUAGUGUUGUUAUCGUAACACAAAAAAAAAUUCCGGACAAAUUGCUUGAUCCGUCCACCAUUUCACAUAUGUUUAAAUUAUCACCUUACGUCGGAUGUGUCAUGACAGGGUUAAUAGCUGAUGCAAGGGCUCAAGUUACUCGUGCAAGACAAGAAGCUGCCGAAUUUAACUAUAAAUUUGGAUAUGAAAUUCAUACGGACAUGCUCGCGAAACGAGUUGCAAAUAUUAACCAAGUUUAUACGCAACAUGCAGCCAUGAGACCGUUGGGAGUUUCAAUGAUUCUCAUCGGAUAUGACGAUGAAAGAGGACCGCAACUUUUCAAAUGUGAUCCCGCUGGUUAUUAUGUUGGAUAUAAAGCUACCGCUGCGGGAGCGAAGCAGCAAGAAGCCUUGAACUACUUGGAGAAGAAACUUAAAAAGGAUCCUGUUUUAGAUUUUGAAGAGACAGUAGAGUUAGCCAUUAACACGCUUUCAUCAGUAUUGUCAGCUGAUUUUAAACCAACUGAAAUUGAAGUCGCGAUCGUCACAGAAGCAGAUCCAAAGUUUAGAACCUUGUCAACCGCAGAAAUUGAAGUUCAUCUUCAACGUAUCGUUGAGAAAGAUUAA